GGAGGGUUAUGAAAAAUGGCGGCGCUCAGUACUGAGUUUGGCGAUUUGGUGCAAAUUAAAAAGCAGCUAAUUUCUAUAAUAUCACAAUGUAGAGAGAGGGGGCUCGUGCAUAGUAUGAAAUGGGCUUCAGAGCUGGUCUUUGCUUUGGACCCUCUCCCAGUAAACGAACACCCACCACCCCCUGAACUUACCGAGGACGACGCGCAGGAUUUCGAUGCUCUCUGUCUGGCAAAAUCAUAUUUUGAUCUGAAAGAGUAUGACCGCGCUGCGUAUUUCCUUCGGGGCUGCCGCAGUAAAAAAGCAUACUUCCUGUACAUGUAUUCCCGCUACCUGUCUGGAGAGAAGAAGAAGGAUGACGAGACUGUGGACAGCCUUGGGCCCCUGGAGAAGGGUCAGGUGCGGAAUGAGGCUCUCAGGGAGCUGAGAGUGGAACUGAGCAAGAAGCACAGUGCUGGUGAGCUGGAUGGAUUUGCCUUAUACCUUUAUGGGGUGGUGCUACGCAAGCUGGAUCUGCUGAAGGAAGCAGUGGAUAUCUUUGUGGCGGCUACACACGCCCUGCCUUUACACUGGGGCGCCUGGCUGGAGCUCUGCAAUCUGGUCACCAACAUUGAGAUGCUGAAGUCCUUGUCUUUACCUGACUGCUGGGUGCGUGACUUCUUCCUGGCUCACAUGUACACAGAGCUGCAGAUGAUCACCGAGGCCCUGCAGAAAUACCAGAGUCUCAUCGAGGCUGGCUUCUCCAAGAGCACCUACAUCAUCUCACAGAUUGCAGUCGCCUACCACAACAUCAGAGAUAUCGAUCAGGCUCUAGCUCUGUUCAAUGAGCUUCGGGAGCAGGACCCGUUCCGUAUCGAGAACAUGGACACCUUCUCCAACCUGCUCUAUGUCAGGAGUAUGAAGCCAGAGCUCAGCUAUUUGGCCCACAAUCUGGUGGAGAUUGACAAGUACAGGGUGGAGACUUGCUGUGUGAUCGGUAACUACUACAGCUUGCGCUCCCAGCAUGAGAAGGCCGCCCUGUACUUCCAGCGCGCGCUCAAGCUGAACCCACGCUGCCUCGGCGCCUGGACCCUUAUGGGCCACGAGUACAUGGAGAUGAAGAACACCUCCGCCGCCAUUCAGGCCUACAGACAUGCAAUAGAGGUUAAUAAGCGAGACUAUCGAGCCUGGUACGGACUUGGUCAGACCUACGAGAUCCUCAAGAUGCCUUUCUACUCCCUUUACUACUACCGCAAAGCCCACCACCUCAGACCGAAUGAUUCCCGUAUGCUGGUUGCCCUUGGUGAAUGUUACGAGAAACUCAACCAACAUGUUGAAGCCAAGAAGUGUUACUGGAGGGCGUACUCAGUGGGAGAUGUGGAACGGAUGGCUCUACUCAAACUGGCCAAACUGCACGAACAGCUUCAUGAAUCGGACGACGCAGCACAAUACUAUAUCAUCUAUAUACAAGACAUUUUCUCCUGUGGGGAACAACUGGAGCAUGCUGAGGUGAGCACAGCUCUCCGGUAUCUCGGCCAGUACUACUUCAAGAACCGGAUGUAUGAUGAGGCCUCAUUCUGUGCACAGCGCUGCUGUGACUACAAUGAUGUGAGAAUCUCACACACACACACCCAGCACUCAAAACACAUUUCUAACAUGUUAAUUUUAACAUUAAAAAUGCCGUACAGUGUAUUUGAUAGAGCUUAAAGCCAUCUAGCCAUGUUCUAGCAAGUAGAAAGAGAAAGUCAGCGAUUCAACAGCCAACUUACUGAACUGUCAUUGAAAAUUAACAGUAGCUGGUUGCUUUGUUGCUCUACUGUCAGUGGUGUAACCAAGGCAUUAACCCUGUCAGUGGUGUGACCGAGGGAUUAAAGGAAUUAUCCGGAGUAAAAUGCACUUUAGAUCAAUUUACGGAUGAUUGGGAGUCCAUAC